AAUUAUGAAAAUGACGAAUAUAGUCUUCAGACCGGUCCGCUUGGCAACGAAUUAGGAAAUGAGUCACCAGAUAAUCACAUUCAAGAACAACCACGUUUAUUGAUUAUGGGUUUAAGGAGGAGCGGAAAAUCUAGCAUUCAGAAAGUAGUAUUUCAUAAAAUGCCAGCAAACCAGACAUUAUUUCUUGAGAGCAAUAACAAUGUUAUUAAAGAAACCAUAACAUCAUUCAUUGAUUUUCAAGUUUGGGAUUUUCCAGGACAAACAGACUAUUUUGAUUCGACAUUUGAUACAGAUGUGAUUUUUGGUGAAUAUGGUGCUUUAAUUUUUGUGAUUGAUGCACAAGAUGAUUACGUUGAAGCACUUAAUCGACUUCAUCAAACUAUUACACGCGCAUAUAGUGUUAAUCCAUAUCUUAUAUUUGAAGUGUUUAUUCAUAAAGUGGAUGCACUGUCUGACGAAUACAAAAUCGAUACACAAAGAGAUAUUCAACAAAGAACAACUGAUGACUUAGCAGAUGUUGGAUUAGAAAAUGUUUCUAUAAAUUUCUACUUGACUAGUAUUUAUGAUCAUUCAAUUUUUGAAGCAUUUAGUAAAGUGAUUCAAAAACUUAUACCCCAAUUGCCAACGCUAGAAAAUUUAUUAAAUAUACUAUGUUCAAAUUCUGGUAUAGAAAAGGCAUUUUUAUUUGACAUUAAAUCAAAGAUUUAUAUUGCUACCGACAGUUCUCCUGUAGAUAUGCAAUCGUAUGAACUUUGUAGUGAUAUGAUUGAUGUCAUUAUCGAUAUUUCAGAACUUUAUGAACAAACAGAUCCUUCUAAUAAACGUAAAAAUAAUAACAUCGAAGAAGAAUUAUAUGAAAGUAGCGAUAAUAAGUCAAGUAUAAAUGUUAUUGAUACAAAUGAUGACGGUGGUGGAGUUUCAUUAGAUACUACUAGUGCUACUUAUGACACAACUGCCGAAACCACUGGUGGUGAUACAUCAUCAUUGAUUAAAUUGAAUAACGGAACUGUAUUAUCUAUUAAAGGCAUUAAUAGAUUUCUUGCGCUAGUUUGUUUACUUCGAUCAGAUGGUUUUGAAAACCCUGGACUAAUAAAUUAUAAUUUUCAAUGUUUUAAACAAGCAAUGACAGAAUUAUUUGGAUUAAAGAAUAAUCAUCGUUAG